AUGUCAAAAGUAGUAGAUAACAAAAAUCAACCUACUGUUGAUAUUGAAGAAAUUUCUAAAAAAAAGCCUGAAGAAACUACAUUUGCUGAAUUGGGUGUCUCAUCUCAAUUAUGUGAAGCUUGUGAAAAAAUGAAUUUUAAGCACCCUACCGAGAUUCAAAAAGAAUCUAUUCCUUGGGCAAUUGAAGGACGAGAUAUUAUUGGUCUUGCUCAGACAGGUUCUGGUAAAACUGCUGCUUUUGCUAUUCCUAUUAUUCAAAGGCUUUGGGAUAAUCCUCAAGCCUUUUUUGCAUGUGUUUUAGCUCCUACAAGAGAAUUAGCUUAUCAAAUAUCAGAAACAUUUGAAUCAUUAGGUUCAGUCAUUGGUGUUCGAACUGCAGUCCUUGUUGGCGGUAUGGAUAUGAUGUCACAAUCUAUUGCACUUUCUAAACGCCCACAUAUCCUCGUUUGUACUCCUGGUCGUCUUCAAGAUCAUUUAGAAAAUACAAAGGGAUUCAGUUUAAGGAAUUUAAAAUACUUAGUUAUGGAUGAAGCAGAUCGUUUAUUAGAUAUGGAUUUUGGACCUAAGAUUGAUCAAAUUUUGAAAGUGAUUCCCCGUGAACGUAAUACGUUUUUGUUCUCAGCCACUAUGACUACAAAGGUUGCUAAACUUCAAAGAGCUAGUUUACAAAAGCCUGUUAAAGUCGAAGUAGCCACUAAAUAUUCAACUGUAAAAACACUUUUGCAAUACUAUCUCUUUUUCCCUCUUAAACAUAAGGAUUGUUAUAUGGUUUAUCUUAUGAAUGAAUUAGCUGGUAACUCUACAAUUAUUUUUACACGCACAUGUCAUGAUACACAAAAGAUUGCUAUUAUGUUAAGAAAUUUGGGUUUCGCUGCAGUUCCUCUCCAUGGUCAAAUGCCUCAAGCAAAACGUUUAGGUGCCCUUAAUAAAUUUAAAGCAGGUACACGUAAUAUUUUAGUAGCUACUGAUGUUGCUAGUAGAGGUCUUGAUAUUCCUUCAGUUGAUAUUGUCAUUAACUAUGAUGUGCCACAAUCAUCAAAAGAUUAUAUUCACCGUGUCGGACGUACUGCCAGAGCAGGUCGAUCUGGUAAAUCUAUUACAUUUGUUACACAGUAUGAUGUUGAAUUGAUUCAACGUAUUGAAAAGGAUUUAGAACGUAAACUAGACGCUUUCCCAGUUGAAAAAGAUGAAGUGAUGUUAUUACAAGAACGUGUGGAUGAAGCACAACGUAUUGCUACAUUAGAAUUAAAAGAAACCGAAAAUGGUAGAAAAUCAAAACGUGGCCAUCAUAAGAAUGAAGAUGAAGACGACGAUGAUGUUGAUCAAGAGGAAAAGCUUGGUGUGCAGAUAAAGAGAAAAUUUAAGGGAGGAAACAACAAUAAAAAUAAAAAGAGACGUUAA